AUGCAGGGUGUCCAGAGCACCCCGGGAGAACUGAAUUCAAAACCUAGAGCAUGCUAUGAGCCAGGCCACAACGAAAAUGUCCUCGUUGCAUAUGAUAAACAGUAUUCAGAGAGGGGUGUCUACACCAAUAUGACCUUCUCCGCCUUUGUACGAGCCCUCUCCCUAAACUUGCAUGGCGCGAACUGCGAUUCGUCUUUAGAUAUCCAUGCUCUCAGUCAGAAGGGGAACAGUAUAGUCGUUCUAUGCCGGCCUGCAGGCGUCGGUGAAUUUCGGCUCAAAUGUAGUCCUAUCGUUGAUGGGAUAUCCAUGGCCAUAAACGGAUGCGUAGCGUCCUCGAGCAGAGUUUGGGCAUAUACGCAGAAAGCGAGCCACGAUCGGGGAGAUGCGGGCAAUAUCUCGAAUUCACCAACACUGCGUGUCCAUGAGAUUGUCGCCGGGCACGGGAAAAUCGUUGCCGCUUUCGAUUUUCUAGGUAGUCAGAUGCCUUUAGGCAGAAACUGCCUGUCCUCUAUACACGCAGUUUCUUUAGAAUAG